UAUCCCGGCUGAUGACACUGCGGAAGUGUCACGCGCUGUGCAUCAUGCAGUAUUAGAACCAGCACUAGCAGAAAACAAAUCCUGCUCAUUAUUCUCUUACAAGUUUAAAGUCAAUAGCUAAUUAGGAUAACAGAGAAAUUCUAACGAUGGCUGAUUCAGGCUCAGGUGACCCCAGUGGUCAACGUGUGCCAACACCUGGAGGGAGCAAUAUAGGACUGCUGACGGGCCGCCGAACCCCAGCCGCCAUUUCUGCCACCCGUUUCCCCUCAAUGCGAUCACGAGACCUGACCUUGGGGGGAGUGAAGAAGAAAACUUUUACCCCCAACAUUAUUGGCCGAAAAGUCAAAGAGGAAACAAAAGUUGAAGUUGGGCAGAGGAGAGAGAAGACAGAUGCAGGCCGAGGUCGAGGUCCAAGAAAUAGAGGCAGGGGACGGGGUUUCCCAGACACCAUCCAGUCCCACUCUAUUUUUGAACAAGGACCUGCAGAGAUGAUGAUGAAAAAGAGAGGUUGUUAUGAAAGUGAGAGAGACGCUCCGAGUGUGGGACCUUCACCUAUCAUCAAUAUAAAAAAGGAGAAGAGAGAGACUGAGGAAGAAACCAAAGAGAUCCUACGCAGUUUGGAGCGAGACAAUCUUAUAGAUGAUCCCUUCCUAAGGAGUGAGCAGAGGAGCUGCCCUGUCCAGCUUCCCCUCGCUGUAUCAGGAUGGGGUUUCAAGGAGGAAUUUAGUAUGGCGGCUGUUAAGACUGAGAAGAUAGAGGAGGAUUGUGAACCCAUGCAGUCUGCAAUUAAAGUCAAACAGGAGCCAGAGGAGAUGGAAAUACAGAAAUCUGAGGCAUCUUUCAAGCCUCCUACUCUGCCAAAGCCUGAAGUUCUGCAUGACCUGCUGCACAGAUGGAGUCAGAGCAAAGCAGAGGAGCUGUUCUUCUUGCAGCUGCCUGACUCCCUGCCUGGCCAACCUCCCACCAGAGAGCACAGGACGGUGAAAACGGAGGUGCAGUCAGAGGAUGGACAGUCACUGCUUCUGAAAACAGAGUCUCAGGAAGAGGGGGCUGAAGACAACAGCUGCAAUCUGAAAGAUCUGCGGGAAGGUCUUAUAGGAAAGAUGCUGGUGCGGAAGUCUGGCCGGGUACAGCUCAUACUGGGACAGGUGACACUUGAUGUGUCUCUAGGAACAACAUGCGCUUUCCUUCAGGAGCUGGUCUCUGUUGGUACAGAAGGAAGAACAGGUGAUUUGACUGUAUUAGGAAAUGUCAAAGAGAAAAUGGUUUGCUCUCCAGACUUUGAGGCUCUCCUGGAGAGCAGGGCCUGAUGCUCAUCAGAGCAGCACAACCUUCUCUAGCUUGACAGAUGCAUUUGUCAUGUUGACAACAUUUUCACCAUUACUAUGAGCUGUCCCUUUAGAAUCUGGCAUCCAACACUAAAACAGUGGCCUCUGGUUGCACCUUUGUUUUUAGAGCAGCUAUGACAAUGAAAUACACUAUCGAAACACAAUAUAAAUAUGAAAACUAACUUUUAUUUUCUUCUUGUGGAACAGACAUUCAGGGGUCAGAGGUUUAAUGGUGUACCAAAUUUCAGUGUUUUCAUGUGUCUAUAUCUGAAAUUACUUGACAAGACUGUACAUGGAUGUAAAUGUGUGAAUAAAAAGGCUUUUGGGUA